AUGGUGAUUAUGGAGUUUAGUAAUAGACAAAUAGUUGAAGCCUAUGCGAUUGCUAUUCCUCCAAACAUAAUCCUUGAUGAAUCAGCAGAACCCACUGUGCGAACAGCGAAAGAGGGCUUAACUACUGCGAGAGAAGCCGAUAUUAAACAGGAACUCGUACAGCCAAUACAGGAAGCUCGCGCAAAACAAAGCCGUAGUGGAGUCGUAAAACUAUGUGCCAAGAAAGUAUUGAAUUACAUUCCAGGAAAGGAGGACUGUGGAGACGCACGAGACCCACAAAAUAAUUACGGUGAAUGCGUUGAGGAACCACCACAUUUGGAGCCAGAGCAGAUACGCACUGCGAAAAAAGAUACACUCACUGCAAAGGAAGAUAUGCGACCGGAGGAAGAUAUGCAUACUGCCAAGGAAGAUAUGCGUACUGCAAAGGAGCAUAUGCAUACUGCGAAAGAAGGUGUACGUACUGCGAGACGAACUGAUGUCGAAACUGCAGUUGAGGCGUCCGCUGCGACAUCAUCU